GUCAGAGAGAGGGAGACUAUGCAGCCCGCCAUACAGAAGUGUAUAGGGCAGUGGAUGUAAAUAAACCGUGUACUGUAUCCAUACUUUUCUUAUUCCCACCCCCUUUUGCCCGAGACAGAGACGGGGCUUGGAUGAUCGAGAGAAAAGAUUAGUGGGGACAACCAAAAUUAAAUAAUCUGAUAACGUAAAGGGGCCUUCUAAAAAUCUGAUUCGUUUUAGGGAAUCGUAAAUUCCUUGUAGAGGUAAGACAGAAGACACCGCAGAAAAAAAAAGGAAGGAGAGAGAAGGGUGAGGACCAGGAGUGCUUGGGGAGCUCGUCGCCGGCUUCCGGACAUUUGGGGCGGCAUUGAAAUCGCAGACGUCGCUCCUGGAGGGAAAGCGAGCCAGAUAUCUUUAGCGUUGGACUACAAUCUCUGGAAUCGGCGGAUUUUGUUUCAGCGAUGUCCAGGAAAGUCCAAAGAAGUGAGGUGUGCGCCGACUGCAGUGCACCAGAUCCGGGCUGGAGCAGUAUAAACCGAGGAGUUCUGAUCUGCGACGAGUGCUGUUCUGUGCACCGGAGCCUGGGCCGUCACAUUUCCAUCGUCAAACACCUGCGACACAGCGGCUGGCCUCCUUCCUUACUGCAGAUGGUGCAGACCCUGGCCAGUAAUGGAGCAAACUCGAUCUGGGAACACUCUCUGCUGGAUCCAGCACAAGUUCAGAGUGGGCGCAGGAAACCGAACCCACAAGAUAAAGUCCACCCCACUAAGUCAGAGUUCAUUCGAGCCAAGUACCAGAUGUUAGCCUUCGUCCACAAGCUGCCCUGCCGUGAUGAUGAUGGGGUCACUACGAAGGACCUCAGCAAGCAACUCCACUCAAGUGUGCGGACAGGAAGUCUGGAGACGUGUUUACGGCUGCUGUCACUGGGGGCACAAGCCAACUUCUUUCACCCGGAAAAGGGCACGACCCCUCUACAUGUGGCCGCCAAAGCAGGGCAAGUUCUGCAGGCUGAACUGCUGGUGGUGUAUGGGGCAGAUCCAGGAGCUCCAGAUAUCAAUGGCCGCACACCUAUAGACUAUGCCCGGCAAGCAGGUCACGUGGAGCUUGCUGAGCGCUUGGUAGAGUGUCAGUAUGAGCUCACAGACAGGCUGGCCUUCUAUCUGUGUGGACGUCGCCCAGAUCACAAGAAUGGUCAUUAUAUCAUCCCUCAGAUGGCAGACAGAGCUCGCCCUAAGUGCCCGACGCAGAGCCUGGAUCUCUCUGAACUGGCCAAGGCAGCCAAGAAGAAGCUUCAAGCGUUAAAUAACCGUUUGUUCGAGGAGCUGGCUAUGGAUGUGUACGAUGAAGUGGACCGUAGAGAGAACGAUGCAGUGUGGCUGACAACUCAGAACCACAGUACGCUUGUGACCGAACGGAGCGCCGUCCCAUUCUUACCCGUCAACCCUGAAUACUCGGCAACACGCAACCAGGGGCGGCAGAAAUUGGCUCGCUUUAACGCACGAGAAUUUGCCACCCUCAUUAUCGACAUUCUCAGUGAUGCCAAGCGACGGCAGCAUGGAAAGGGCUUGACAAGCCCCACAGACCCACUGGAUCUGAGUCAGGCAGACGAUGACCAGCACGAUUAUGACAGCGUAGCAUCCGAUGAAGACACAGACAGUGAGCUAACUGCACAGAAUAACAACAACACCCAGCGCAACAACCGGGCCAAGAGCAUGGACUCGUCGGACCUGUCAGAUGGGCCCAUCACACUACAGGAGUAUCUGGAGGUGAAGAAAGCACUGGCUUCCUCAGAGGCCAAAGUUCAGCAGCUCAUGAAAGUCAACAACAACCUGAGCGAGGAGCUACGGAGGCUUCAGAAGGAGAUCACGCGGAUGCAGACGGAGAACAGCGCGCUGCGGGGGGCCCAGGUUGGGGCCGGGGGCUCUCUGACCGGGGGUGGUGGCCCGGGGCUGUGGCCUGGUGGGGUAAGGGGUACGGGCGGAGGGGUAGGUGGAGACUCCAGCCUAAACACAUCCUCGUCCGCCCCCCUCCGCCGGGAUAGACAAGCCUUCUCUAUGUAUGAGCCCGUGGGGACCGCCCCCAAAGCUCUCACCCCAGCCCUGGACCCCCUGACGGGCCGCCUGCAGCCUCUCAGCCCCGUGCGAAAGGGCGCUCCUGCAGGUCCCACCCCCUACGGAGGGCCGCACCUGUCAGCCUCCACUGACGGCCGAUAUAAUCCUCCAAAAGCGGGAGAGAAAUAUGGGAGCGGAACCGAUAGUGACUAUGACAACUCUCAAACAUAUGACGUCUCCCUUGGCGUGGGCCGCAGCAGCGAGGAAGACAGCAGGGGGGACGUGGAGGACACAGAGGGAGAUCCGGACCCCACGCUGCCCUGCACAGAGGACGUCAUCCUCAAAACCGAGCAGGUCACUAAAAACAUCCAGGAGCUCCUGAGAGCAGCACAGGAGUUUAAACACGACAGUUUUGUGCCAUGCUCAGAGAAAAUCCACUUAGCUGUGACAGAAAUGGCCUCGCUGUUUCCCAAGAGACCAGCGCUAGAUGCGGUGCGCUCUUCCUUGAAGCUCCUGGCGGCCAGCGCGUCUCGUCUGCAGGUGGAGUGUCGUAAAGCGGCGCCCUCCGACUCGUCGGCCAGUACGGUGGACUACCAGCUUCUCACCCAGCAGGUCAUCCAGUGCGCCUACGACAUCGCCAAAGCCGCCAAGCAGCUGGUCACUAUCACCACCCGCGAGAAAAAACAGUGACCCCCUGGGGUCCACCGGGCAGGGGCAAAGACUGAGAAACCAGAGAAAAGAGCAAAAACUGACGGCUGGGAAUCGUUGGUCAGGUAGAUGGGAAAAGAAAGGGUGAAGAAUGCAGCUGCGCGCAACCAGACGCAGAGAAGAUUUGGGAGAAGCCAAAUGGAGCGGCCCGCUUUUCCUUACACUCCUUGUCUUCUCUCAUUUCAGUAUUUCAGGAGGAUCUUCUUUCAUCUACGCAUCUAAAUAUAACAGCACUACACCGGCAGACCCACAGUUCAGUGCUGAUGGGCUGCUAAGCGCAUGGGCGGCUACCUUUUGGCUUUCUUUGUGAGACACACAAGCACUCCUAACCCUCAGAGAACCACAAACCUUCUUCCUAAAUCUUUUAUUUUCAGUUUUCCUUUCUCUCUCUGUCUUUCUAUUGAUUUUUAAGUGCCGCUCCAUUGGCCUGUUUCUCUUGGGACAAAUGUACUGACUUUAAACAACAACACUGGAGUUAUUUUAAUGUUUAUGACUUAAGUUUCGUAUUAUUGUUAUGAUUGAUGUCUACUCUUGAUUUCAGUUUUAUUUAGUUUCGCUGGAAAUCAGAGCUUUGCGAACAUUUAACAGGGGUGAACAAUAACCUGUGAAAACUAACCAGAAAACUCCCGUCCUCCAGUGGUAGAAGCACUGGUUCACUCACACAGUGUUUUGCUAUGUAUACUACUUUUUUUUUUUUUUUUUUUUUUUUUGUCAAAGUGCGUUGAACACUAGCCAAAGGAGCAGAGGGGAGUGGUGACACUACAGUUACGGAUCCCUCUUAUUUUCGUCUUCGAGCACAAAGACGGCGGUCGGGGUUGAUGUACAGGAACAGGUUCAUCUCAUUUCAAUCCCUCCGUUAGUGGGUCUUGGUAUCAGAACAAUGCAAACGUGUUAGCACAAUCACCACAUUGUCUUUAGCUUAUUAGUUUAGGACAAAACCAUCACAUGUUCACUUUCUGCACAUAAUCGAAUGGCCUUUUUUUUUGUCAAGUUUGGUGGAGUUUUCACUUCAGGACCAGUUUUUUUUUUUUUUUUUUUCUGUGUGCGUGUGUGGUGGUCGUUCGUUUUCCUUUUUGAGAAUAUUUGAUUUCUUCGUUCUUUAUAAUUCAUGUCUUUUUGUUUUUUUUGUUUUUUUUAAUCGAGCAUAUGUGUAGUCAGUGGUUAUCGAUGUAAGAAGACCCUUAUGUUUUAUAAGCUACGAGCAUGUUGAAUGUUGAUGGUUGAAGAUGACCACUAUCAAUGUUCUCAUCACUAACAUUUCACAUACAGUCACAGGGAAAACGCGUCACUUCGGUGAGGAUGUCCAUCUGCUGCAUCAGGACCAGAGGAGUCACAUUCUGUCGAAGGCUGUCGGGGUCACUUUUGUUGAGAAUUGUGGGAAACUAGUUCCUCUCUGUGAUUGAUGUUCAUGGGAGAGGAGUUGAACUGGAGCUUCCAGUACGUACGCACGUGUAGACGAACGUCUGUGUGUGUGUGCGCGAGCGCGAACAAACCAAGUAUUCGUUGUACAGUUACUUUGCAUUUUAGACGCCUUAAACUUCCUGUUGUUUUCCAUAUCGUUUUUUACCCACCAGCCUUUUAAGUUAAGCCAUUUUUUUUUUUUUUCAUUCUUGCCUUUUUCAUUAACUUGGGGAAUGGGAUAAUGUUAGAGUCCCCUGAAAAUGUGUCAAAAAGAUUGUCUGAAAAUCUCUCGAUCAUUGCCUUUGCACGUCUGCUAGACUGACUUCAAUCAGUGGUCAUGUGACUGGCGUCUCGCUCUUCCACACUAAAGAAGCACAUGGUGAGUGAAACGGUGUAUGCUUAAAAGUUUUAGUUUUACAAUAGAUAUGUCAGGAUGGUUUACUGUGGGAGAAAGAGUUUGGGCCGUUAUUUAAUAAGCACUAAAUUCAGAGAAGUAUCUGAGAAAGGAAGUCAUUGCACACUCACUAUGUCCAACUCUAAAUCUGAUUCAUUUCAGAGUAGUUUGUAGAUUUUCCCAACCAUCCUGCUGCAGAUGCAUACAUUGCUCACAUAACGCACCGGUGAAAUUAUUUUUAAAUACAUUAAUGCACACACACACACACACUUCCGUGAUCAGUCAUACCGGCUGCACUAUACUUGUUAUGACUGUUCUUGAUCACGUGGUUCUUACAUGAGAGAUUAACUGAUGGGAGAAAUUUGUUUAGCAGAGGCUACCUGUAAAAUAUAGAAAUUAAAAGACUAAGCAAAACCAUUUAAAUCGUAAUAAAGACUCAUAAGCUGUACAUUUGUAAUAAAUAAAAUAAAAAGUUAAUUGUC